AUGGAUCCUGCAAAGAAAGGUGGCAAGAAGAAGGAUCACUCUGCUGUCAACCAAGUGAUGACCAGAGAGUACAUCAUGAGCACUCACAAGUGCAUCCUUGGAGUUCAGUUUCAGGGUCUCGCCGGUAGCCCCGGCCGGCGGGCGUGGAACGCGCAGUGGGGCUGGGACCGCAGGGUCCCUUGGGGGCCCCGGAGUUAGAAGGCGGCGUCCGGGAGCCCCCGGAGGAGGAUGGGCUGCGGACGCAGCAAGCUGAGCUGCUGCAAACCCCCCAAAAAGAGACACCAAGAACCAGAACAGCCAUGCAGACCAGUACCCCAGGAACUAGGCCCCAUCAGUGAGGACAUAGCCACAACUGUCCACCUCUGUGUAUGUGAGGAGCCUGAGCAGUACCAGAAAGAUAUAACCAGAAUUCUCCAGCAACAUGAAGAGGAAAAGAAGCAGUGGGCACAACAGGUGGAGAAGGAAAGGGAGCUGGAGCUUCGAGAGAAACUGGCUGAGCAGCGACUUGUCCUGGAGGGAGAGAACAAGGAGGCCCUGAGAGUCCUCCAGGCCUCACAUGAGCAGGAAAAAGAAGCCCUUAUCCAGACUUUCCAGGAGGCCAAGGCAGCCCUGAAGGACACCAUAGAUGAACUGACCUCACAGCUGCAGGCCUUCCAAGCUAAGAUGAAAAGGGUGGAGGAGUCCAUUCUGAGCCGAAACUAUAAGAAGCACAUCCAGGAUUACGGGAGCCCCAGCCCAUUCUGGGAGCAGGAGCUGGAGAGUUUACACUUUGUCAUCGAGAUGAAGAAUGAGCGCAUUCAUGAGCUGGACAAGCGGCUGAUCCACAUGGAAACCGUGAAAGAAAAAAACCUGAUGUUGGAGGAGAAAAUCACCACCUUGCAACAGGAGAAUGAGGACCUCCACGUUCGAGGCCGGAACCAGGUGGUUGUAUCAAGGCAGCUCUCUGAGGACUUGCUGCUCGCCCAAGAAGCUCUGGAGAAGGAGUUGCAGUUACGGCAACAGCUCCAGCAGGAGAAGGAAGAACUGCUGUACCGGGUCCUGGAGGCUGAAGCCUCCCCUGCCUUCCCCCUGGCCUCUGUCACCCCCACUGAGGUCUCUUUCCUCGCAGCCACAUAG